ACUGAAGCCGAUCUCUUCUCAUCUAUCUCUAUGAGUCAGUCAGUAGUCACAGACGCAGAAGAGAAGGAAUACAGUACACAAAAGGAAGCAACGACAAGAAAGAAAGGGCUGAGAAAAUCAUGAGCAUCGGACUUGGAGUUGGAUCGUCUGCAUGUUUUCACUCGAGGGCUUCAUUUCAUCACCACCACCACCACCGGUCUAGGCUCUCCGCCGUUGCCCUUCGGCGGCGCGCCGGGAUUCCAGUACUUGAGCCUGCUUUUCUUCGUGUGAAGCGAGGUGGUUGUUGGGCUACAGACCUCACCGCCUCCUCAUCCUCGUUUUUCAGGGCCCCGCGCGCGCUGUUCCAUUUCCAUGUCGACCAUGGCGCACUUUUGCAGGACGCCGGUGCCACCAUGCUCGUUACUGCCGGCGCUUAUGCUCUCGUUCUCGCUUUCGAUAAGCUUACCAUGCUUAAUGUAGUCGAACAGACAUUUAGCAGAAAAUUGGUCCAUAUAUUGUCAGGAUUGCUUUACAUGUUUUCCUGGCCAAUUUUCAGCACUUCAAUAACGGCUCGGUUCUUUGCUGCUUUGGUUCCUUUUCUGAAUUGCGUAAGGCUUGUUGUUUAUGGCCUAUCACUAGCCAAUGAUGAAGGUCUUGUGAAGUCUGUAACACGUGAGGGAAACCCAGAGGAAUUGCUUAGAGGUCCUCUAUAUUAUGUUCUGAUAUUGAUUUUAUGUGCUGUGAUCUUCUGGCGUGAAUCUCCGAUUGGGGUGAUCUCAUUGGCUAUGAUGGCUGGAGGAGAUGGAUUUGCUGAUAUCAUGGGGAGGAGGUUUGGGUCUCUAAAGCUUCCUUAUAACCAACAUAAGAGUUGGAUUGGAAGCAUAUCUAUGUUUCUCUCUGGUUUCUUAAUCUCUAUGGGGAUGCUGUACUACUUUUCUGCUUUGGGUUACUUUCAGUUGGAUUGGGUGUGGACAGUGGAAAAGGUGGCAUUAGUUUCCUUGGUAGCAACAGUUGUGGAGUCCUUCCCAAAUAAAGAGGGCAUAGAUGACAACAUAUCUGUUCCUAUAACAAGCAUGUUAAUGUCAUUACUGUUUUUUCAGUUACCACCCUCCUCACAUUGAUCCACAGACUGUUUGUUUAAUUCUUUUUGAGUUGGUUGAUGUGGAAAGUUGCAUCCUUAGAUGGCCUUUGGUGAUUAUUCCCAGAGUUCCUUUGUUAUUGUAGUAAUUGAAAGCUAAUCCUUUCAUCCUCUGAGAUGAUAAUCUGA